AUCAAAUCAGUGUUGAAAGAUCACCUUAACAACAGCAUGGAGAAUGAAUUGGAGGAAGCAAGAUUGGAAAUAAGACCGGUUAGGACAUUGCUAGAUUCCAGGGGAGAGAAGAUAACGAAGCACUGGAAUGUAGAAGGAGCAGUGGGGAUGGAGAGAAGGGUGCUAUGGAUUUGAAGUGUCGUCAAGAACUGGUGAGACAGUGACGGUAGAAGGUCUUCUAGAUGCCUUCUUGAGCCUGCUUGUGGCCACCCACAGACACUUGUAAGGAGGAGAGAAGUCGGCCUGGCAGAGACGCUCUGAAAUGAGGGAUUAGAGGCCAGGAGCCAAAGAGCAAGAGCAACAGCCAGAAGACAAGAGAGCAGGCCCUGAAGACGCGCCCACUGAGAGGUCCGCCAUGGCCUCUCUUGGCCUCCAACUCGUAGGCUACAUCCUGGGCCUUCUGGGGCUGAUGGGCACCCUGGUUGCCAUGCUGCUCCCCAGCUGGCGAACAAGUUCUUAUGUCGGUGCCAGCAUUGUGACCGCCGUCGGCUUCUCCAAGGGCCUCUGGAUGGAGUGUGCCACACACAGCACAGGCAUCACCCAGUGUGACAUCUACAGCACCCUUCUAGGCCUGCCUUCUGACAUCCAGGCUGCCCAGGCCAUGAUGGUGACGUCCAGUGCAAUCUCCUCGCUGGCCUGUGUUAUCUCUGUGGUGGGCAUGAGAUGCACCGUCUUCUGCCAGGGCUCGCAAGCCAAAGACAGAGUGGCAGUAGUAGGUGGAGUCUUCUUCAUCCUUGGUGGUCUCCUGGGCUUCAUCCCUGUUGCCUGGAAUCUUCACGGGAUCCUGCGGGACUUCUACUCCCCACUGGUGCCCGACAGCAUGAAAUUUGAGAUCGGAGAAGCUCUUUACUUGGGUAUCAUUUCGUCUGUGUUCUCCCUGGUAGCUGGAAUCAUCCUCUGCUUCUCCUGCUUAUCCCGGGGAAAUCGCUCCAACUACUAUGAUGCCUACCAGGCCCAACCCCUCGCCACUAGGAGCUCUCCCAGGCCGGGUCAACCACCCAAGGUCAAGAGUGAGUUUAACUCCUACAGCCUGACAGGGUAUGUGUGAAGAACCAGGGGCCAGAGCUGGGGGGUGGCUGGGUCUGUGAAAACCAGUGGACGCCCCCCACCCCCCAGGGCCACAGGUGAGGGACAUUGCCACUGGACCAUGUCAGAAGGUUCUGCUGAGGAUACACUGACUUUGACCACUGGAUCAAGCAGAGGCAGAAACGGGAGCUGGUGUGAGAGCAUGCAGGUUGAACUGACCAGAUGCUGGCCAAGCCAGAAUUUCUGUUUCUUUCACCUUGGCUUCCCAUCCCCCACCCUGAAUCCCCAGCCCUCAACUCUGAACUCACCCUUCUACCCUGGGCUAGGUCCUUCUGUCCUGUGGUUUACCUGGGAAUCCAUCCAGAAUCCACUAAUCACAUCCGACUGACCGACCCUCUCUGUGAUCUAAGACCCUCCCUCUUGCUGAGGUUGGCUCUUAGCUCAUUGCUGGGGGAUGGGGGUGGGUGGGUAGGAGGGUGGCUUCUAUGGGGAUGGCUCUGACCUCCUUCUCAAGCCUCCCUCCAAAGAAACUGACUGGCCAGUAACAGGCCCUGGAGCCUCCAUCCCAUUCUUGUUUAUGACUCCACAGUGUCUAGACUGGUUUGUGUAUGAACUGAAAUAAAGCCAUCCCACAGUACCGAGGGAACAGAGAGUAACUAGGUGUAAGAUGGGAGGGAGAGGCGGCAGCCAAGGACCAAAAAAAGACCAGAAUCACUGCCCAGAGAAAAGUAAAGAAAAUAUGGUGGAGCGUUCAAGGAGGCCGUAGACUGAUCCUUCCAAGGAACUCCCUCAGAAGCUACAGCUCCAACUUUCACUGAAGCCCCUGCCUCCCUCUGACCUGGCGUCCUGCCAAACAACAAGGCUAAGGGGCCUAUGUAAUGGUUUGUUUAGGAACAGGAAACUUGCUUUUCCAGAGAUGGCUGUGGGCUGGGGGAUGACAGCAUGGGAGCUGUUGGGGACUGAGGAAGAUAUCACCCCUCGAUGCUGCCUCGGAAAGAAUAAGAACUUGAGUAUCUGAGAAGCCGGGUGAACAUGUGUGGAAACUCCAGUGGGGAGGGGUUCUAUUGGGCCCGAGAGAGGCUGCCUCCAGAGACUCUUCAAGCCUAAUGGAAAAUCAGGCCAAAGGCUGAGAUCGGGCCCCCGGGGUCUUCCCACAGAGCGCUACAGAGCCUCUGAAAGACCACAGCUCCAGAUGGGCCCCCAUCAGUCCUCUUCCUUAUCUCCCCACCAUCCUUCACCCUGCAUUGCAGAGUGGCCAGCGGGCAUCCAAGGGCUCCAGUGUGGAGUCAUCCUGCCCAAGGUGCCUUGGCCCACAUCUGAGUGAGAGCUGAGCUGCUGCCUGGGAUUUCUGUUGCGAUGGAAGAGCAGAGAAUGAUUUCCAGGCAGACAGUUCCAGCUCCAAGGUCUGACAAUGCACCACUUCCCCUGGAACAGGGGUAGGGGUGAGAGUCACAAACAAACCAAAGGCAUUUUCCUUCAGUGGCUUGAACAUGACCAGCUUCUGACAAACUCCAGUACACCUCCCCCAACCUCAUGCCAGCAGGAGGGGCCCAUCCAUCAUCUGUAAUGGGCUUUUCACAUUGCUACCUUCUUGCCUAUAUUUAAGCUGCUCUCUGACGCGGGAAGGCCCUCUCCCCUUAGCCAAGUCUUCCUAGGGCUCGGAGAAUUUGCUCAGCGCCACCUCCUUCACUGAGCCUCAUCUGACCACUCCGUCCCUCUCCUACCCUUCCGUCCUCCAACCCUCAAUGUCAAAAUCACUCUUUGAUGCUUAUCGUUCACAAUUUUUGAUGGAUAGUUAUCUUUCCAAGUGUAUGUAUCUGAUUUCACGAGUACGUUGUAAACUCUUGGAGGGUAGGGGCCGUAUCUUAGAACUGUCUGUAUCUCCCAGACUAUCUAUAAGAGUACUGGGCACACAGUAGGUGAUCAAUAAACACUUGUUGAUUGCA